GGGCUCUCCAGGGAAUCCUCCUGCUCCGGUUGUCACCAUGGGAAAGAGAGUGGCUGUCGUGCUGGCUGGCUGCGGGGUGUACGACGGGAGCGAGAUCCACGAGUCUUCUGCUGUGCUGGUGCAUCUCAGCAGGGAGGGGGCAGAGGCAGAGGUUUAUGCUCCUGAUGUUGACCAGAUGCACGUGGUGGACCACGUGAGAGGACAGCCGACUCAGGAGAAGCGCAACGUGCUAGUAGAGAGUGCCAGGAUAGCCAGAGGCAACAUCAAGGACCUGGCUACGCUGGAUGUCAAGGGGCUGGAUGCCCUAAUCAUCCCAGGUGGCUUUGGAGUGGCUAAAAACCUGAGUACUUGGGCCACCCAAGGCAAGAACUGCAUCGUCUCCAAAGAGGUGGAGGACGCCUUAAGGGCAUUCCAUGCUGCCAAAAAGCCCAUCGGCCUGUGCUGCAUCUCCCCAGUGCUGGCAGCCAAAAUCUUCCCAGGCUGCGAGCUGACUGUGGGUCAUGACACAGAGUGUGAGAAGUGGCCUUACGCCAAGACUGCCGACACCAUGAAGGAGCUUGGCUGCAAGCACGUGAACAAACACGUCACCGAAGUUCACGUGGAUGUGAAGAACAAGCUGGUGACCACCAGCGCCUUCAUGUGCAACGCCCCCAUCCACGAGAUCUACGACGGCAUCGGAAAAAUGGUCAAAGAAGUGGUCCGACUUGCCUGAACGCUACAAAGCCACA